AAAAAAGAAAAGAAAAGGAAAUUUGGAGGGGAGGGUAAUUCGGUAAUUCCCAAGUCAUCAUAUCCCUUUCGAUCAUUGUCUCUGGAACAAUAAUACAAACACCUCCCAUGCGCCAUCAAACACUCUGAAAUCAUAAUUUAUCAAACCCCCAAAACACACACACACACACACACAGUAGCAGACAAAGGUAAAGGAGAUUUCUACUCUUUGCUUCAUUUUCAAUUUCACCUUCUGCAUUUCACAAUUCUAUUUCCACGGUGGUGAUCGGAGAAGCGGAGUUGAGCGGGCGGCAGUAGUAAAAUGGGUGGGAUGACGUCAUCGAUGGCGGCGAAGUUCGCUUUCUUCCCUCCUAAUCCUCCGUCGUACAAGCUGGUGCACGACGCCGCGACGGAGCUGCUGCUGCUCAGCCCUUUCCCCCACCGCGAAAACGUGGAAAUCAUGCGGCUGCCGACGCGGCGGGGAACGGAGAUUGUGGCGUUGUACGUGCGCCACCCCAUGGCGAAUUCCACACUUCUCUACUCUCACGGCAACGCCGCCGAUCUGGGUCAGAUGUACGAGCUCUUCAUCGAACUCAGUAUCCACUUGCGCGUUAAUCUCCUCGGUUACGACUACUCUGGAUAUGGCCAAUCAUCUGGGAAGCCAAGUGAGCAGAACACAUAUGCAGACAUUGAAGCUGCAUUUAAAUGUCUUGAGGAGAAUUACGGUACUAAGCAAGAAGACGUAAUCUUAUACGGUCAAUCCGUUGGAAGUGGUCCCACUUUGGAUCUUGCUUGUCGUUUGCCUCGUUUACGAGCUGUUGUCUUGCAUAGUCCUAUAUUGUCUGGUGUUAGAGUUAUGUAUGCCGUAAAACGCACAUACUGGUUCGAUAUCUACAAGAACAUUGAAAAGAUUCCACUGGUUAAAUGUCCUGUGCUCAUUAUUCAUGGAACUGCAGAUGAAGUGGUGGAUUUUUCACAUGGUAAGCAUUUAUGGGAACUGUGUAAGGAGAAAUACGAGCCGUUGUGGAUUAAAGGAGGCAACCACUGCAAUCUAGAACUCUACCCCGAUUACGUAAAACAUCUCAGAAAAUUUGUUGCUACGGUAGAAAGAUCUCCUUCGCACAGAAAGAGUAGUCGUAAAAGUACAGACCAGUUGGAACCUUCUAGAAAGAGCACGGAUAUGUUUGAUCUACCGAGGAAGAGCCUAGACAGGAGAGAGAAACCUAGGCCGAGUACAGACAAGGCCGAAAGAUCGAAAACUCAGUCACAGAAUGUUGAUAAAUUAAGGAUUUCUUUCGAUCCAAUUGACCGGACAAGGAGGAGCGUUGAUUGCAUUGAUAAAUCGUGGAGGACCGUUGAUCAUCAUCAGCUGGAACGGGCCCCACGCAAGAGCGUUGACAGUCUCGACAGAAUUCUUCGUAAUGGGUAAUUUUUUUUUUCCUGAUAUUAAAAUUUAUGCAUGAAUAUGGUUUGGUGAAGGGUAUAGAGGAAAUUAAAAAUUGGGCUAUUUUGUAAAUGUGGAUUUGGAUAUUUCCUAUGAAGGCUAUUGUUCCCUUUAUCACAAUGUGGAAAUGGUUAAAUAUGCUGAAAA